CACUAUUUAUUCUCUGUCCUCCAUUUUUCCAUUCCACGCUUUUUCCAUUUUCAGUUCCAAAGAAAGCCCUCAACUUUUAUUCACAAUUGCAAAAUCUCCACUUGGGCCUUGUUCAUCACUCCCUUUAACAAUCUGGGUCUUCCUCUUUUUCAUCAAAGUUACUAUUUUUUGUUGAUCCAUUGAUGAUGGCAUCAAUGGGUUCUUUACCAUUUCUUAUGGAAACAAAUGCUGACAAUACUUUGCUACUGCUUCACACUCGUUCUUUCAAAUUUUCACCAAAAUUUAGCACUGUAAGUGCUUCACUAUUUGAGCAUUCAGGAACUAGGGGAUUGGAUCGUGGUAGAUUGAACCAUAGGUGUAGGAAGGGUUUGCUGUGCCUAUGGGGGAAUAAGCGUAUAAGAGCUAUAGGUAAGAGUUUUGGGAAAAGUGAGGAUAAGGAUGAGUCAGAGGAAAUGCUUCAGGCCACCAUUGAAAAGAGCAAAAAGGUUCUUGCUUUGCAAAGGGAACUUCUUCAACAGAUUGCUGAAAGAAAGAAACUAAUUUCUUCUAUAAAUAGUGACAGCAUUCCUGAAUCAGAAGGGAACAUGAUUUCUUAUGAACGCAGUGACAAAUCUCUGUCAAGUGACUCGAAUCCACAGAAAGAUUCUGUCAGUGGUCGCGAUGCUGUGGAAAAUCAAAAUAGUAACAUUGUUCUGAGGAAUUAUGUCGAUUCUAAUGAAGAGGAGAUACUAGAUGUCUCAUCUGCAGGCAUUGAUCGAGGUUUAGAUGAAGGUGAGGAGGAAGAUGAUAAUUUCUCACCUGCUGAAGCGGCUUCAUCUAAGCUAUAUUUCAAUGAACAAUUGAAAUACAAGAGAUAUGAGCCAAUAAUGCCUGAUACUUUGCCAAACUACCUUGCAAAUAGCAAUGAAACUUCUAGUGUAAAGGUUGGAAAUCUGGAAGGUGUGAGAGAAUCAAGUUUAAAGGAGGUCACUGAUGAAGUUGACAAUGUUGAGAGUGAAGGUGACAAAUCCCCACCGUUAGCUGGGGUCAAUAUCAUCAAUAUUAUAUUAGUUGCUACAGAAUGUACUCCCUGGUCAAAAACAGGUGGGCUUGGAGAUGUUGCUGGAUCAUUACCGAAGGCUUUGGCUCGGCGUGGACAUAGGGUUAUGGUUGUGGUGCCUCGGUAUGGUAAUUAUGCUGAACCACAAGAUACAGGAGUACGGAAAAGGUACAAAGUAGAUGGUCAGGACAUGGAAGUAAUGUAUUUCCAGGCUUAUAUUGAUGGUGUCGACUUCGUUUUUAUUGAGAGUCCCAUAUUUCGCCAUUUACAGCAUAACAUCUAUGGUGGAAACCGAGUGGAUAUUCUGAAACGCAUGGUGCUGUUUUGCAAAGCAGCUGCUGAGGUUCCUUGGCAUGUUCCAUGUGGUGGUGUUUGCUAUGGAGAUGGAAAUUUGGUAUUCAUAGCAAAUGAUUGGCAUACUGCAUUGCUGCCUGUGUAUCUGAAAGCAUAUUAUCGCGACAAUGGUUUGAUGACGUUUACAAGAUCCGUUCUUGUGAUUCAUAACAUAGCUCACCAGGGUCGGGGCCCAGUUGAUGAUUUCAACUAUGUGGAUUUACCUGAACACUACAUAGACCUUUUCAAAUUAUAUGACCCCAUUGGAGGUGACCACUUCAAUAUAUUUGCAGCUGGUUUAAAGGCCGCAGACCGGAUUGUCACGGUUAGUCACGGAUAUGCAUGGGAGCUUAAAACUUCUGAAGGUGGGUGGGGUUUGCAUGGGAUCAUAAGCGAGAAUGACUGGAAAUUCAGGGGUAUUGUGAAUGGCAUUGAUACCAAAGAUUGGAGCCCCCAGUUUGAUGUUCACUUGAAAUCAGAUGGCUACACUAACUACACCCUUGAGACCAUGCAAAGUGGUAAGAGUCAAUGUAAACAAGCCUUGCAAAAGGAGCUUGGUUUGCCUAUCCGUGAAGAUGUUCCAUUAAUUGCUUUCAUUGGAAGGUUGGAUCAACAGAAAGGUGUUGAUCUCAUAGCUGAAGCAAUUCCUUGGAUGAUGGGGCAAGAUGUGCAACUAAUCAUGUUGGGAACUGGAAGGCCUGAUCUAGAACAAAUGCUUAGGCAAUUUGAAUGCCAACACCAUGACAAAAUCAGAGGAUGGGUUGGUUUUUCAGUGAAAAUGGCUCACAGGAUAACUGCAGGUUCAGACAUAUUGCUAAUGCCAUCAAGAUUUGAGCCAUGUGGAUUGAAUCAACUCUAUGCCAUGAACUAUGGAACAGUUCCUGUUGUGCAUGCUGUUGGUGGACUUAGAGAUACAGUGCAACCUUUUAAUCCUUUUGAUGAGUCAGGCCUUGGAUGGACAUUUGAUAGUGCAGAAGCUCAUAAGUUAAUACAUGCAUUAGGGAACUGUUUAUUGACCUAUAGGGAGUAUAAGAAGAGUUGGGAAGGGCUUCAACAACGAGGGAUGACACAAGAUCUUAGUUGGGACAAUGCUGCUCAGCAAUAUGAAGAAGUUCUCCUUGCUGCCAAAUUCCAAUGGGGUCAUGAUUGUUGUACAAGGGAAAGGAACUGAGCAUAUUGUUUAUAAGAAGAUAUUUCAGGGUCAUCACUCUUGCAACCUUCAUAAUAUAGGUCCCGGAGCACAUUUUUGUCUUGUAAACCAAGGAUUAUCUAAUACGGUUGUUAUAUAUUUCAUGUGUCAGGCACAUAUCAAUGUAGCAAACUGAGCAAAAUAUAAAUUGAAGUGCUUAGAAAA